GUACCUUACCCUCAUACUCAACCAUCAAGCAUUCAGCUUCUCGAAGCUCUUCCAUUGAUCCAACCCCUUCACAAUCGCAACCAUGACAGACACACUCUCCAAGGUCGAUUCGGCCAAUGACAACUUCGUCAAGGCUACGGCUGAGGAGGUCAAGAAGGGCCACCGCAGAGCUUCUUCCAUGGCCGCUGAUGUCUAUGCCAUCGAGGAUCUUGAGAAGGAGAAGAAAGAAAUCCAAAUCUCAAUUGAGACACAGAAGCUCGGAUGGAAGCUCAACGAGUCAUCAAGCAAGGUCGAGGACCCAGCAGUCUUGAAGCUGCCAUUGUGCUUGCCCAAGCUGAAGAAGAUCACCCUGCACUUCCCGCUCGGCCUGGAGGUCACCGCACGGAACAUGAAGGGCGUCACCAUCAAGGACGCAUUAGACGCCAUCCACAAGCAAUUCAAGAAGCGCGCAGAUGACGAGAUCGAGAAGCCAUAUCUCGCUGGCUUCGAGUGGGACCCAGAAGAGUGCUACACCCGCUUUGUCGUCCAUCAGUCUAACACGCCAACCUCGUCCAUGUCGGGCGGCGGCGGCUCCGGCGGCAAGAAGAAGAAGAACAAGAACACCAUCCCCGAGGAGGGUUCCUAGGUGAACGACUCGCCCCCUUCCCUGCUAUCGACUUCACACACGGCCCCGAUCGUAUCCAGGCUUCGGCAUCGGUAUGGCGGGUUUGGCAUGCAAUCGGGUACUGGCAUCUACAACAUCGAAACGGGAAGAGCGAGCGCACUCGCUGCGGACGGAAUAGCUGGUGAUUGCUUCGCUUCGGCGGGCGAACACACGGCAACGAUCGUUGGGCGGUGCAUGUUCAUUGGAGGACUACUCGCAGGUUACGUGCUGGUGGAACUGGCUGUACCUGUUUAUGUACGUUAAAGGCAUCUCUAUCGGGUCGCUGGAUAGCGCUCGACGUAACGAGAAGACCAGAAUAUCGU